AUGAUGUUGGAAAUCGUUCCCAACGCUGAAAAGAAUAUUAUUGCCAGCAUUAUGCUCGAUAUACUCAAAAAAGUGAACAAAACUAUCGCUCAUUCGGCGACUAAUGCUCUCUUCCAGGCAUCUGAGGAUGUGCAAAACGCUCAAUAUGGAUUGGAUUCAAUACGUGUUGAGACACCGAUGUGGUAUUGCAUCUGGUGGUGUAGGAGCAGCUGGGAGCUAGCGCAUAGACGUCGUAUAGAGGCAGCUGAAAAUGUGCUAGCAAACGCACAGCAACGUAGGUCAGAUGCAAUCGAAGCUCUAAAUGACGCAAAGCACAGACGUGACAGCAUAAGGGAUCGGAUUACCGAAACUGUGCAAGCAUUGACAGAGAACAAGCAGGAAUACGAACAACAGAGGGCUACCAUCUUGGAGAGCGCGAAUUUAACGCAGACAAUUCUGGAACUGUUGCAAGAUUUGACUAUGUUGGAAGAACAUGUGGACCAUUUAAAUGAAGAACUGGAAGAGUUUGAAGAUUUGUAUGAGGAAGAUCUGGGAAUUGAGUGGGAAUCCAUAAAUGAAUCACUCGACGCCAUAUCGAAGUAUUUGACUGAUGGCGGAUUUGUGAAGGCUUUAGCCGCCUGGGGCAUUGACAUCAAAGGCUUUGAUGUAGAGUCAAUCAGAUCUCUGGGUAUCGACAUUGACGAGAAAAUUGCUAAGUUGCUUGGGAUAAAAUCACAGAAGUUGUUCAAGGUGAUUGUCCAUUAA